GGUGGAAGGAUUGAAAGAAAUUGUAAUUUUACAGAAAUUGUCUUUUACAGAGGACCUGAGAGAGCAAGUGGGCUCACAGAUAUGGUGGCAGAAUGGAACUAGCAUCCUGGGCUCAAGUAGCAACUGCUUGGGCUUGAAUCCCGAGGCUGUGCUGUUGAAGAAAAGCAAGCAGCACUGCUUGGUCUAGACAGGUGCCGACUGUGAAAAGCCAGACUUUGAGACUCAAGUCCACAUUGCCUUUGGAGAUCAUUUUCAAGAUGGAGGUAUUUUGACAUCGCAAUUUUCUCCCAAGAAGUAAUUUCCUUACAAGGAGCCAGCUCAGAUUCACUUCAGAGGUGUUAGUGCCAUACGCAAGCUUUCCCUUUAACAGAGACUCGCCUGAUUAAUAAUGGUAUCGAAUGCAGUUAUAUUCAGUGCAGUAAGACUUGGAAUGGCCAAAUAUCAAGGUGAAGUUCAAAGUCUGAAACUGGAUGAUGAUUCAGUUAUAGAAGGAGUAAGUGACCAAGUACUUGUGGCAGUUGUGGUCAGUUUCGCUUUGAUUGCUACCCUGGUAUAUGCACUUUUCAGAAAUGUCCAUCACAACAUUCACCCAGAAAACCAAGAGCUAGUAAGGGAGCUUCGGGAACAACUUCAAACAGAACAGGAUGCCCCUGUUGCUGCUCGUCAGCAGUUCUACACGGACAUGUACUGUCCAAUCUGUUUACACCAGGCCUCCUUCCCUGUGGAAACCAACUGUGGACAUCUUUUUUGUGGUACCUGCAUUAUUGCAUACUGGCGGUAUGGGUCAUGGCUCGGGGCCAUCAGCUGUCCAAUUUGCAGACAAACGGUCACUCUACUCCUACCUGUAUUUGGUACUGAUGAUCAGUCUCGGGAAGCUGUGCGACUGCGGCACGAUGUCAAUGACUACAACCGAAGGUUCUCAGGGCAGCCCAGAUCUAUCAUGGAAAGAAUUAUGGAUCUACCCACUUUAUUGAGGCAUGCCUUCAGGGAAAUGUUUUCUGUCGGGGGCCUUUUCUGGAUGUUCCGAAUCAGGAUAAUCCUGUGCUUACUGGGAGCUUUUUUCUACCUAAUAUCACCUCUAGAUUUUGUACCGGAGGCCUUGUUUGGAAUCCUAGGCUUUCUAGAUGACUUCUUUGUAAUCUUUCUGUUGUUUAUUUACAUCUCUAUUAUGUACCGAGAAGUGAUAACACAGAGGCUGAAUAGAUGAGGAAAAAUGGCUUACUAGAAUAUUUGAACUAGUGUUUAAAUUCACACAAAGAGAUCCCUGGUAUUAUAAGGCAUUUGAUUAUUAUCUUACAAACUUAAAACAGUAGGAUAGAGUUGAUUAUUGAUUGACAAAUGCCUUGCAAUAUGUAACUGGAAUUUUAGCGCAUUACAGGUUCAACUCGAAUUAUAAUGAUCUUGAUUCUGUGUUGUCCGUCAAUCUCUGAAAGAAAUAUGGAACUAUGUCAAAAAGGAAUGUUUUUAUUUCUUUUUGGUAUAAAAUGGAAAAGAACUUCCAGGACUCAUAUUAAUUGGCUUUGUAGUAUCAUUAAAUGUACAGUUAUCCAGUACAGCUUCCUCAAUAGUUCCCUUUAUAAUAAUAUACAGCUAUGAAAUCCAUCUAAAUAUUUUUGUUACAAUAAAAUGUAAAUAUAA